GCGCGGUCUCCGGGCAAGAAGGCGAUGCCUUGAAGCGAAGGAUCUACAAGGCUGACAAGGACUCGGAAGCCAGCAUGAGGAAGAUCAGUUGGAUCCACAACAAAUCCCCAGAUCUUUUCCCACCGCAUGUUCACUGAAGGGCGCCCCCCCAGCCAUGGAGGACAAGCGCAACAUCCAGAUCAUCGAGUGGGAACACCUGGACAAGAAGAAGUUCUACGUCUUCGGGGUGUGCAUGACGAUGAUGAUCCGCAUCAGUGUCUACCCUUUCACACUCAUACGGACGCGGCUGCAGGUCCAGAGGGGGAAGAGUCUCUACAACGGGACCUUUGACGCCUUCGUCAAGAUCCUGCGGGCCGAAGGGGCGGCUGGGCUGUACCGGGGCUUCCUGGUCAACACCUUCACUCUCAUCUCCGGCCAGUGCUACGUGACCACCUACGAACUCACCCGCAAGUACGUCUCGCAGUACAGCAGCAGCAACACCAUCAAGUCGCUGGUGGCCGGCGGCUCGGCCUCCCUGGUGGCCCAGAGCAUCACGGUGCCCAUCGAUGUGGUCUCCCAGCACCUGAUGAUGCAGCGCCUGGGCAACAGCAUGGGCCGCUUCCGCGUGCAGCCCCACCAGAGCAAGCGGUUCCCCGUCUUCGGCCAGACCAGGGACAUCAUCGCCCAGAUCUUCAAGGCCGACGGGCUGAGGGGCUUCUACAGGGGCUAUGUGGCCUCCCUCCUUACUUACAUUCCCAACAGCGCCGUCUGGUGGCCCUUCUACCACUUCUACGCAGAACAGCUCUCCAGCCUGACCCCCAAGGACUGCCCCCACCUGCUCCUCCAAGCCAUCUCUGGCCCCAUGGCAGCUGCGACCGCUUCCACCCUCACCAACCCCAUGGACGUCAUCCGGGCGCGUGUGCAGGUGGGGGGCAAGAGCUCCAUCAUCCUGACCUUCAAGCAGCUGAUAGCUGAGGAGGGUCCCUGGGGGCUCACCAAGGGCCUUUCCGCUCGCAUCAUCUCGGCCACUCCCUCCACCAUCGUCAUCGUGGUGGGCUACGAGACCCUGAAGAAGCUCAGCCUGCGUCCGGAGCUGGUGGACUCCCGGCACUGGUAGGGUGCCAGGACGAGAGACCUUGGUUUCGGAAACCCUUUGGACGGUUGAGAAAAAUCACCCAAAAGCAGGACACGACUGGACGAUCCCUGCCAACCGAUUCUGCUCCAACACCCCACCGUCUUGGCCCAGUCUUAGCCGCGUGUAAGACUUCCAGGCGAGUAAACCUGGCGUGUCUGCUUAGUGCCCCCUUUUUAAAAAAUUUUUUUUUAAAAAAAGAUGUCAGUUGAAGCAAAGCCGUUUUUUCUUCCCCAGGGGGAUUUGGAUUUUUUUUGUAUUUUGCCAGAAUUUCUGCAUUAUUGGAAGAGUCACUUUUCCUCACUUUUCCUGCUGCUUGCACAGUCACACAAACCACGCACACCGCGUUGGAAAGCAGUAACGCGGUCCAGAAAAUCCUCCUCCUCCUCUGAUGCUUCUGAAAAGGGUUGGUUUUUUUUUAACCGAAUGUUUGGGGAGGAAGGGAUGCACCAAAUACCCGGAGUUAUUUUUCUAACCUUUUUUCCAGAACUUGAUGUGAUCUGUACAUAGAGAUUUCUUCUUAUUUUGUAUAAACUUGGAAGCCGUCUUUCUGAACUUCCAUCUCCGAAGAGUAGGGUUUUUGUUUAUAUGUUUCUAAUUGUGUCAACGGUGAUUGAAGGGAAUUUCCCUUCUCGUCUGUACAGUCGUGGUGCCCAACUGCAUUUGUGUGUAUGUGUGUGUGUGUGUGUGACCUUCUGGGCAGGGGGAUUAAAACCCACCCAGGGAGUGAUGUGCACUUUAUUCCCCGGGGUUUCACCCAUGUGAGUGUAGACAAAAUAAUAAUAAUAAUAAUCAGAUCCCUCUUGUUUUAGUCUCCUCCUUACCCUGCGCACACAGAGAAAUGCUAUGGUUGUUUAUUUAGGGGGCUUCAUUUGAAAGGCAAGGCUGAAAAAAAUCGAGGAUAAUGCUGUUUUUGAUCUUUGUAUAAGCGGGACUGUCUGAAUCACUGAAUGAAUAUUUCAUUAACAUGUAGGACGGGUUAGGGAAGGAAGGACGGGAUUGGUUUUUCUUGGGAAGAGAAGUCCUUUGAAGCCUAAUUCUGAUGCAAGAGCUGGUUCUCCCUUGGACUAAGCCAGCUGGGCUUCUAAAUCCAGCCUAAAGCCGGGCAGCCGAUGGCAAAGGAGGCCCCAGCAGGCGGCCUUUUCCCAGGCCCAGCAGCAUUGAUUGACUCCGUCCUGCCACCUCGCCACCAUUUUUCUACUGUGACUCUGGUGCUUAUUUGGGCCUUCUUCCCUGAGCCUGCUGCUCCUCGCCCCAGAUGUGGGUACAGAAACCUUAGAAGGCAGAGGCCGCAGUUGCUAGGCUGUAAAUGAACUCAGGUGCUUUAAAAUUAAGUAUUUUUUGGGGGGGGGAUUGGGGAUAGGAGGGAUUAGAAGCAAUGCCAGUGUGAGGUGUUAUUCUCUGCACUUUGGGGAGGCUUUUCUUCAAGCAAGCAGCUUUCAAUGUCAAACGGGGUUUAUUUCUGCCCUAAUCAUGGGCUGCAUAGGGACCUCUAAACCCAUAAACGCAGAAAACUUUAAGCUGCCUGGGGAACGCUGGGAGUUGAAGUCUGCAUAUUUUGAAGUGGUCCUGGUUGAACGGUCCUUCUAGGUCAGGGGUCUGCAGAUUUGGCAGUUUAAGGCUUGCAGACUUCAACUCCCAGAAUUCCUCAGCCAGCUGUUCUAGGUAGGACCCCUGUCCUAGGAAGACGACAUGUAUGUUGUGGAGCACAUGGUCAGCACGCCAAAGCUACCUGCCGGCCACUCCACCAGACUUUCUUAUGGAAACGACCCCCUCCCCAAAUUCAAGCAAGUGUCUUGGGCUCUCUUUCACCUAAAGCAGUGUUUCUCAACCUCCGUAACCUUAAGAGGGUGGGCUUCAACCCCCAGCUGGCUGAGGAAUUCCGGCAGUCGAAGUCCACCCAUUUCAAAGUUGCUGAGGUUGAGAAAUACUGGGAAAGGAUGAUGGGAGGUGAGUCCUUGAGAGAGAGAAAGAGAGAGAGAGACUGUUGGUAAUUUCAGUAGGGCUAGAAAUUUGGGCGUGGGUGGGGAAAAUGUUCCCUGAAAUACACAUCUCAUGGACCCCAAAUCAGCCCUCAGUGGAAGCAAACCUUGGCCUGCACAAUUUUUAGUCCUUUCUACCUUUGCCCAGCUUAAUUUCUUUGGGGUGUCCUAAGAUUUCUCGGUGUUCGUUUAUUUUCUCCAGAUGUGCCACAUCUGCAGCUUGAAUGUGUGCUUCAAGCUCAGCCUCGGACGAAGGUGUCGGGGUUGCUGAUGGCCUUGGAUGGAAGUGGGUUGUUGGGGUCCCAGAGGAGACCUCCUCCCUCUCCACAAAGGACCUCACAACUCUAUCACAAGUGCAGUUGUGCCAUUGCCAAGAAAAAUAGGGUAAAUUUGGUUGAGUGUAAAGUGAAUCCACCCCUUCCCGAAACCCCCCCCCCCACUUUGAGCUGCUGAAAAAGAAUAUGUAAAUCUGUUCCAGGCUGGGCUCCCCCCCCCCCCGGGUUUUGCUGUAAAUACCAAGAUUGUUCACGUACAAGGCUCUCUGCAAAAUGAAAUGGCUUGUAAGAACUGGAGGGGAUGGGUUAUUUGCCGCCCCAUUCCUCUUGCAGCCAAAUUGUGAAAAAUGCUUGUCAGCAAGAGAAAUGGUAGAACACCACCGGUCCUGCUUCCUGGUGAGAUUGUCUGAGGAGGAUUUGCUUUUCCUGGUGGGCUUACUGGACAUUUAGCGCUAUUCCAAGCAUCACUACUGAACUAAGAUUUCAUUCCAUUCUUUAGCCGGACCAGUUAUUUCUCAGGCAUGGCAAAUUUCAGCUGGGUGGACUUCAACUCCCAGACAAGAGACUGGCUGGGGAUUCUGGGAAUUGAAGUUCGCCCAGCUUAAACAAGUUUGAGAAACACUGUUUUGGACAUCUUUCUUUUAUGUAAUUGUAUUCCGAAUUAAUAUGUUUCUGAUUCAAAUUAUAGAGAAUCUGUAGGGAGCACUGCUAUGAACUUCUCAGGAAGCUGAAGGGCUCUCCAAACUUGGCAACUUUAAAACUUCUGGACUUAAACUCUCAGACUUCCCCAUCUGGCUACGCAGGCUGGGGAAUUCUGGGAGUUGAAGUCCACAAGUCCUAACGUUGCCAAGCUUGGAGACUCCUGACCUAAACAAUGCCACAUAGACUUUUUAUGCGAGUGGGGAGAGGGUUGGAUGGGGUGGGGGAGGGAAUAAGGCUGAGAGGAAACCACAUAGAGCAACCUGAAAUAAAGGUUAUUUUAUUGUCCAGCUGACAAUUCCGAGGGUCUCUAAUAUUGGUGGCCUGCCUUUUCAAUAUGGAGUUUGAAUGUAUUUGGUACAGUACAUUAAAGCUGGUUUCAAUUUUGCACUGUAAAAAGUCUUUAAAAGUAUAAUUAAAGUUUUUUAUUAUUUA